GUAAUCGACAGCAUGAGCACGCCCAACAAGCGGCGGAAGACUACCCACCCGUCGACUUCUGUCCAGCCCGUCAAGAGUCUGGACUUCUUCUUUGCUAAGCAGCGACAAAAAGAGACCGAUCAAGUCACCCAAGAGCAGGACCGUCGCGCUCUGAACAAUCCCGCCGUGGAGGAUGAGGCCGAGGUCAACGCGCGCCAUGAUGGAGACUUGUCUGAUGAGCAGCUCGCUCGAAGAUUGCAGGCGGAAUGGGAUGCGGAGGAGCGCCAGCGCCAGCCGCAGCAGCCGCAGCAGCGAGACACCAGCAACGAGGAGACCAGCGUGAUGCGCAAGGAGGUUGCUCCAGGAGAGGAUACAACAGCAAAAGAAGCCGCAGAGGACGUUGGAGACGAUGCUCCAGAUGGUGUCCAAGUGACGGAAAAUGCCUUUGCAGCUCUGGGCAAGAAGAAUACACUCACCUUGCAGUCGGCGACAGCGGAAGAGGACACCAUCUCUCACGAUAUACCCUUUGACGAAUCGCCAUUGACCUUUGAUCCGCAAAAGUACCUGCCUGAACUGCGAAAGCAGUGGGCCACUGAGGGAGACCAAUGUACCUAUGCUCUGCUGACACACUGCUUCGUAUUGGUCGGCAGCACGACUUCUCGAAUCAAGACGGUCGAUACUCUCGUCAACAUGCUGCGCACUCUGAUCGAAGGCGACCCCGAUUCGCUCCUCCCCGCGGUAUGGCUUGCCACCAACUCCAUAUCUCCACCAUACAUCGACAUCGAACUUGGUCUGGGUGGAUCAGCCAUUUCAAAGGCACUGAAGAAAGUGUGCGGUCUGGACAAUGCCGCCUUGAAGACGCUGUACAACAAACAUGGCGAUGCGGGAGAUGUGGCAUAUGAAGCCAAGAAGAAGCAGAGCUUCACGCUGCGCAAGCCGAAGCCAUUGACAAUAAGAGGUGUAUACGACAGUCUGCACCGGAUCGCUGCAGCAAAGGGCCAGGGCUGUCAAGUGGUAAAGCAGAGCAUCGUGGAACGGCUGGUGCAAGACGCGCGCGGCGCAGAAGAGAGCAGAUACAUCGUGCGCACCCUGGUGCAGCAUCUCCGCAUCGGCGCCGUCAAGACGACCAUGCUGAUUGCGCUGUCACGAGCAUUUCUACUAUCGAAGCCACGGGGCGCCCACUUCACUACUCGAUCCCGUGACGAUUUGAAAAAGCUCACCAAGCAAGACCUUGCGGCAGUCUAUCAAGGUCCAGAAGAACUCGUCAAAGCUUGCUUCGCGCGGCGGCCGAAUUACAACGACCUGGUGCCCACGAUGCUCGAGAUUGGCAUGGACGACGAACUGCUGAUUCGCUGUGGAUUGGCAAUGCAUAUUCCAUUGCGACCGAUGUUGGGAGGCAUCACCAGAGAUCUGGGAGAGAUGCUCACAAAGUUGCAAGGUCGCGACUUCGCCUGUGAGUUCAAGUACGAUGGCCAACGAGCGCAAGUGCAUUGCGACGCGGAUGGCAAGGUCUCCAUCUUCUCUCGACAUCUCGAAGUCAUGACGGACAAGUAUCCUGACCUUGUGGCGCUGGUUCCCCGAAUUCGAGGCGAGAGCGUCAGCAGCUUCAUCCUCGAGGGAGAGGUCGUCGCUGUCGACCGUGAGACUGGUGAUCUCAAGCCAUUCCAGAUACUGGCCAAUCGUGCACGCAAAGAUGUGGUCAUCCAAUCUGUGACGGUCGACGUCUGUUUGUUCUCGUUCGAUCUGAUGUAUCUCAACGGCGAGGAGCUCCUCGAUCGACCAUUUCGUGAGCGUCGAAGCCUGCUCCGAAGCCUCUUUGUCGAGAUCCCCAAUCACUUCACAUGGGUGAAGAGCCUGGAUGCUACUUCUGCAGAUGUCGAAACUGUAAGCAACUUCUUCAAGCAGGCUACCGACAUCAAGUGUGAAGGCAUCAUGGUGAAGGUCUUGGACAACGCCGCAAACCCGGACCUGCUGGCGGAGAUGGAUAUCGAUCCGCAAGACACUGAGGCCCUGCCCAAAGUACCAUCUACGCCUUCCAAGCCCAAAGGAAGGAAGGGUACUAAACGGACCAGGAAAGUCAAUGAUCCUCUCCAGAGUGGUGCCGCCAAAUACGCCGCCGAACAAGCGAAUGGCGAUGCCGGCGAAGAGAAAAAGACGGGCGCUCGGCGUAAAGCUCUCCUCUCGACCUACGAACCCGACAAGAGACUGGACUCCUGGCUCAAGGUCAAAAAGGACUACAAUACACAGACAGACACCAUUGACCUCAUUCCUGUAGGUGCUUGGCACGGUCAAGGACGCAAAAACGCAUGGUGGUCGCCUAUUCUGCUUGCCUGUCGAAACCCGGAAACGGGAGCUUUGGAAGUUGUCACGAAGUGCAUAUCAGGGUUCACUGAUGCCUUCUACAAAGCCAACCGUGCCAAGUACGACCCUGAUUUUGAAGAUGAAGAUGGCGUCAAAGUGGGCAAGAACGUCAUGAGCGCGAGGCCGACUUACGUGGACUAUAUUGGAACCCCAGAUGUGUGGUUCGAGCCGCAGGAGGUAUGGGAGAUGGUAUUCGCGGACAUUACAAUUAGUCCCACCUACACUGCGGCCAUCGGGUUAGUGCACGAGGAUAAGGGGUUGUCCAUGAGAUUUCCAAGGUUUCUCCAGGUGCGAAACGACAAGAGUAUCGAGGAGGCGAGCACGAAUGAUUUCCUGGCGGAACUUUACAAGAAACAGGAGAAGAGAGCACCAAUGGAGGGCGGUGAGGAUGAGAAAGAGGAGGAUGACGGCGAGCUGUGUGAGUGAAGUAUACACCCCAUGGCGCGGUACUUCAAGUUGGUUGCAGCACCGGCACCUGAAGGCUGGGCUAGGUCUGCGCACAGACUGCUGACGCCUUCUUCCCGGCCACUUCAUCCAUGCUGCAGCUGAAGUCUGAGGCUUGAAAAUACGAUGCCUGCCGGGUCUGCCGGGAUCGAAUUGGCGGGACUACGACUUCAUCCAUACGCAGCAUUCUGGCGUUUUCGGAGUCGCGUUGCAUGUCCGCAGCGAUUUCAACAUACCUAUCGCCAGCCGUGGUGCCGUCUGUGAUCCAGCUCUGCAGCUCUUGCGAUUUGCUCAUUAAUCCACAAGAGCCCUCGGAAGACCCAGGCGGUCUGUUCGAUGGCUGGGGUACACACUAUUGUCAGUCGAGCCCGAGGAAUUGUGAGUCCCUGUCUGGAUUAUGCGUGUCAUUGAGGUUGGCAUUACACAAUUCCGAUCUCCAGAUAUCGAUCGGUACCCAUACCAUGCCUGCACGGAUCGAGUCUGCUGGGACACCUGCUGCAGUGGGAUAUUGCAUUCCCCAUUACGACAGACUGCACAACGGCCAGGCAACAAUACGAAUCCAGCCUGUAUUCAGGAGCCAGUUCGAGCUCGCCUAUAGCGUAAUUGGGUGUGCCUGCGUCCAAUCUGCAGCGCGAUUCCGCAUGUGGGCAUCUUGUGAAGAUCGGCCAGUAAUAGCUCCAUGAGACGCAGCUACAUGUACCUGGUUGAUGUCGUCUUCACCAGGUCCGUCACGCAACGUCCGCAUCAACAAAGCAUCGAUAUCCCUCAGGCAGUGUUGACGAAACUGUUGGGCGACCAGUCAUCAGCUGCCAGCCUGUCCGUAAGCCGCAGGACCCUGAUUGCGAGCUUCCUGCCCUCAUCUCGUGGAGAAUGUCGGCAGGGCUGUCAUCCGAACCGGAGCAGGAGUAUAAGAGGCACGAGCAGGAGAAAUUGGUGUAGAGCCAGCGCUUAGAUUGUGCAUGUCAAAAGUUAGGCUCCGCUCGGCACACCAAACAGGCUUUUCUGCAUCACUCUUCGCCCACUCACAAGGGACGGCUUCGACUCCGGGCAGGGUUGAGUGACUUGGCGUUCGGAGAGGACGACAAGUGCCAUUCAUGGUUCUGCCCUGCGUUUUCUGCUGUCUGUCAAGUUUCACAAAGUAUAUUUUGACGUCUCUAACCUCCCGAGUCUCAGGUCGACCCUGGCAUGACAUGGUCUGCCGACCGACAUUGGAGCGUCCUUUGCACUCUGCGCUCGAAUGCCCUCGUCUGAUUGGUAGCCAAGAGCAUAUACCGACGACAACACAUAUCGUGGAGGUCGGUGUUACUCGCCUUCUUGCUUGGAUACACGAGGUAGGGUUGCAGCAUUGUACACCGGAAGAGGCAAUGGCGUCGUGAUGCCGUUUCCAUACGUGACCGUAAGCACCCGUGAGCAUGAUUGAAUCUAGAAGUCGUCGUGGCUGUAUAAGUAGCUGGUCCUCCGGCACCAGAAGAUCGCACUCCCAUCAUCGCAUCUUACAGCCAUUCGACGCCUGCUACAAUCUCCAUUCCAGAUCCACACACCAACACAAGACACCUUCCCAGCAAAAAUGCAGUUCCACACCAUCGCUACCAUCUUGGCAGCCUUUGCCGCCACCAAUGUUGGGGCCACUCCUCUUCCCGCUCCGGUCGCAGAGGCCGCUCCUGAGGCCAUCACUAAGAGACACAACGGCGGGGACGGUGGUUAUUGGGCCGUCUACAAACCGCAGACGGUUCCAGUAGCAUGGCGAUUCUAUGGCGAUAUGGGCAGCCAAGCGCACAGCGAGAAAGACGUUCUCAGCGUUCUCGGCAUUCCUCUGCUUUCUACCGACAAGGAAAGCUACUCCUCGUACCAGGACCAGGGCUACGAUGUCGUGUACGUCACCCAGUAAAGGACGGGUAGGAUUGAUGGACGGGAGGAGGAGAGGGGGUGGUGGAGGACGGCAGGUGAAUGGAUGCAAGGAAACAUAGCAUACCUGAGGCCAUACAUACCUUACGAAGAAUAAUGAAGAAGGA